AUGAAGUUGUCAGCAAUCAGCGCAGCCGCUUGCAUCCUCAGCGUCCUAGCAGCCCCCGGACCCGGGAGACCCCCCGACAGCCUCGCCGCCCGUCAAGUGCAGCAGCCCUGGGCCGGCGCCGUCCAGCAAGGCCAAGGCCUCAGCUACGUCACGGGAACGGUGAGAGUGCCCCGGAUCGCAGGGCAGCCCUCGCGCUCCGCCGUAGCGGCGUGGGUCGGCAUCGACGGGCUCCGCUGCCGCCGGGCGAUUCUCCAAACGGGCCUCAGCUUCUACGGCGACGGCGCCGUGGUCCCCUGGUACGAGUGGUGGCCGGCGCCGUCGCACGCGUACCCGGGUCCCGCGUUCCGCGCGUCCCCCGGCGAUCUGGUCCGGAUGAGCGUCCACGCGUGGUCGGCCACCUCGGGCAACGCCACGCUGGAGAACCUCUCGACGGGGCAGGUUGUUGCGCGGGAGCUUUACGGCCAGGCGCCGCUUUGCGGUACCGACGCUGACUUUGUGCUGGAGGACUUUGGUGAUUACACGGGCGGGCAUGUGCCGCUGGUGAAUUUCGGCGAGAUUGAUAUUUGGAAUACGUGGGCGUAUGGGAGUAGUGGGUGGGUGGACGCCGAGGGGGCGAGUAUCGUGAAUUUGGAGAUUGACAAUAGGGUGCGGUCGAGCUGCGGCUCAAACGCUAAUGGCGUAAGGUGCGAUUAUCUUUGGUAG